AAUAUUUCAGAACGUACUGGUCCAUCACCGAUGAAAGCUGUUCGAGUUGGUUGUAUGAACAUUGGUUCCUCUGAGGACAGCGAUUUUGAGGAUAGCGUCAAAGCAUUUGUUUUCAUAGAUUUAGCUAAAAAAUUUGAUGGACCACUAAGGUAUAUUGUCCAAUGGAAACAGCGGGCAAUGGUACGUGGAAAAGUUGAAGAAACCGAUUGGAUUACUGCUUCUGUAAGUGUUUUGCAAAAAAAAAUUGAAUCGCAGCCUUCCUUUAAAGUUGAAGGAAUGAUGCCAAACGCUCAUUACUGUUUUAUGGUAACUGCAGUUAGCCCAAGAGGUCGGGUUGGUUAUCCACUUACUAGUGAAUGGGCUGCGACUUUACCAUUAGGCGCUUCGUUGAAAUCACCGAAUGGACCAUUACAAAUCACGUCUAAAUUUGAUAGCGAUAAUGGAGUUUCUGCACUGGUAUCAUGGAAUCGUUUCAGUGAACGUAGCAGUUCAAAUGUUGGAGGUUCUAAAGAACCGCAAUUAGACAGCUGUUUUUUCAAAAUAGUAACAGCUAAUUCCAGUCAUCAACAAGUUACAAAUUUUGUUAUGGACAAUGGUUCCGGUUUCCUACUGUCACAUUUGGAAUUCGCAACCGAAUAUACAGUUGCAAUAAGUGCUUUAGACUCGCUGCCGUCUAACGAACAAGAAGCAACUGCAGCAUUGCCGUUGGAAGGUAAAUUUACAACAAUGGCAUGUAAUGAGGUUUUUGGACGAGGAAGCCUCAAUUGUGCACCAGAACCUGUGCAACAGUUGCAUGUUCAAGUUCUGCCAAACGGCACUGCAGAUAUUGCGUGGCGUCCGUCAAGCGAUCCAAAUUCAAUUUUGAUAUAUCAGCUAUUCUAUGAAUCUGUCACAAAAGAUGUUGGUUGCCUAGAGGAACCGGUGAAUACAUACUUAAAUGCUGCCGUUAAAUCAACGAAAAUCAACUUUCCGGCUCAUAAAGCUUGUGAAUAUUUGAUCCGUUUAACCAACUAUGACCUGAUUGGUCGUGACGCUGUGUCGGAAAUGCGCGUUUGGUACAGGCCUCAAGCUUUAGCACCAAACUCCAAUUUCUUAUUAAUCAUUAUCCCGGCUUCCGUAAUACUGUUCUUAGUUGUGGUACUUAAGCUUUCGUCAUACUUAUUCUGCCAGCAACAGAGUAAAAAAGUCACGUUGCGCGAGAAAGGUGCUAUACCAAUCUUGUGA